GUCCAUGGCCCGCACCCCCAAGCUGCCACUGCAGCAGUCAGAGUGGCAGCUGAAGGCUCGGUUCAUGCCGUGCCCCCGGGCAGUUCUGGCGAGGCUAAGCAAGAGGCCUCUGCAUCUUGACACCUAGGAGAGCAGGGACGGAGUCUCCCAGGGUGGAGGACCAUGCUGCGCCGCAAGCCCUCCAAUGCCAGUGAGAAGGAGCCCACUCAGAAGAAAAAGCUCUCCCUUCAGCGCUCCAGCAGCUUCAAGGAUUUUGCCAAAUCCAAACCCAGCUCCCCCGUGGUGAGCGAGAAGGAGUUUAAUCUGGAUGAUAACAUUCCAGAAGAUGACUCAGGUGUCCCCACCCCAGAGGACGCUGGGAAGAGUGGCAAAAAGCUGGGGAAGAAGUGGAGGGCAGUGAUUUCCCGAACCAUGAACAGGAAGAUGGGCAAGAUGAUGGUGAAGGCCCUGUCAGAAGAGAUGGGAGACACUCUGGAGGAGGGCUCUGCCUCCCCGACAUCUCCAGACUACAGCCUGGACAGCCCUGGCCCUGAGAAGAUGGCGCUGGCCUUUUCUGAGCAAGAGGAGCAUGAACUUCCGGUGCUCAGUCGCCAGGCAUCAACAGGCAGUGAGCUCUGCAGCCCCAGCCCAGGUUCUGGCAGCUUCGGGGAGGAACCACCUGCCCCCCAGUACACAGGGCCUUUCUGUGGCCGGGCACGAGUCCACACCGACUUCACUCCCAGCCCCUAUGACCACGACUCGCUGAAACUGCAGAAAGGAGAUGUGAUCCAGAUCAUUGAAAAGCCACCUGUGGGCACGUGGCUGGGCCUACUCAAUGGCAAGGUGGGCUCUUUCAAAUUCAUCUAUGUGGAUAUGCUGCCCGAGGAGGCCGUGGGGCAUGCCCGCCCCAGCCGCCGACAGAGCAAGGGCAAGAGGCCCAAGCCUAAGACCCUGCAUGAGCUGCUGGAGCGCAUCGGCCUGGAGGAGCACACGUCCACCCUCCUGCUCAAUGGCUACCAGACACUGGAGGACUUCAAAGAGCUGCGAGAAACACACCUCAAUGAGCUGAACAUCAUGGACCCACAGCACCGGGCCAAGCUGCUCACGGCCGCCGAGCUGCUGCUGGACUAUGACACUGGCAGUGAGGAGGCUGAAGAGGGCGCCGAGAGCAGCCAGGAGCCAGUGGCACACACAGUGUCGGAACCCAAGAUGGACAUCCCGCGCGACUCAGGCUGCUUUGAGGGCUCAGAGAGCGGGCGCGAUGAGGCAGAGCUGGCAGGCACUGAGGAGCAGCUGCAAGGCCUCUCCCUGGCCGGGGCACCUUGAGGUGGCGGUGGCAAUAGGCCAAGGCUGGGACCCAGCUGCAAAGGCUGUAGGAGUGGGCCCAGCCUCCCGUGGUGGCCCAGGCCCUGAGGACUGGCACUGAGCCUGGCCCUGCUUCCCCACGGACACUUAGGGCUGCAGAGGCCAGGCCAGGGCCCUACAGGUUCCAGGCUCAGCUGGAGUGGUUGGGGAGUCGCCCAAGGGCACAUCCCACCUGCCUGAGCCCCACCCUCCACCAGCGACUGACAGCGCAGCCCCUCCUGGCACCAACUGCUCCCCCGCCAUGGCCACGGCCACAGCAAGCGGGGCACUGGGAGACCCUGCCCAUGUCCCUCACCAACAAGGCCUCCAAAUCCUCGUCACCCCCACACAACCUAGCACUGUCGCACUGCUCCUGAAAAGGGGGCCAAGUCAAUGUUUCAGGUCAGUCUAAAAACCCUAGGGAAGCUGGCCAUUUAAAAGAACCCAAACUGACCAUGGGUAAAUCCAGUUCCCCUAAAUAAGGCCUGAAGAAAUCCACAGGUACCAUUCCCACUUUCCUUCUCCUUAGCUUUCUUAGAGGUUUGGCCACUAAAUCUUAUGAGACUUGAACCAAGUGGCUUCCUCUUUCUAGGCUUAGGACUGGUUGGGUUAGAAUGGGUGAUCACUGAAGGCCUUGCCUGCUCUGACAUUCUGUGACAUUAAAUGUCUAUUCUCCUGUUACCUGUGGCCUGGGACACCAGUGGGGUUUAUCGAGGGGACCAGAGGGGCUUCAGGCUUUCAGAUGAAAUGGCUCCUCCUACUCACCCACUUUAUUCCUCCCCAUGUAACUCAGGACAAGCUGCAACUUCCCCCAGCUUAACACAAUGCCCAUACCUCAUAUGACAUGCGCCCUCCCGUUCCAUCCCUGGCCCCCUCAAACAAGACUUCUCAGAAGGCUGAUUGCAGAUGGUCAAACCUGGCUUCCAAGGACAGAAUUGCCUCUCGGAAGCCAGCUGCGGAUCUGAGUCCAGAGCUGGCCACUUGUGUGGGUCCUCACAAGCAAAGAGAGCACUAAACUUGACAUUGGGGGUCCACCACUCCAACUUUGCUUUCUGAAGGUUUUGGUGUACAUUGAGCCCCGAAGGAAAGGAGAGUAUCUGUGAGUGGGGGCCUCCCUUGACCCCAGUACCAAGUCUGUGCCCUGAAUCCCCAGAGUAGCCCUUCCCUGGUGCCCAACUGGCCUGGGGACAAACAGCGUCCACUACAUCUAGGACUGCCGGCUAAGUGGACACACGUCUUGACCUCCUACCAGGAACUUUGGUAAAAGCUAGCUUUGGGGAAGGGGUUGGGUGUAAAUAUGAGAGGGUGGAGGGAGACCAGCUGGUAGCAAUAAACAUGGGUAGAACUAAA